AUGAAGUGUCUUCGAGUGCUCGCUCUCUUCCUGGGGGCGGCCAUUCCCGCUCAGGCCGCGUUUACAUGGAAGAAUGUAAAAAUCGGCGGCGGCGGUGGCUUUGUUCCUGGCAUAAUCUUCCAUCCCAAGACCAAGGGCGUGGCCUAUGCCCGAACAGACAUUGGUGGCCUUUAUCGCUUGAACUCCGAUGAUUCUUGGACCCCAAUCACAGAUGGUAUUGCUAAUGAUGCCGGCUGGCACAACUGGGGUAUCGACGCUGUUGCUCUGGAUCCGCAAAAUGAUCAGAAGAUCUAUGCUGCCGUCGGCAUGUAUACCAAUAGCUGGGAUCCCAACAAUGGAGCUAUUAUUCGCUCUUCAGACCGUGGUGCCACCUGGUCUUUUAGCAACUUGACAUUCAAAGUCGGAGGCAAUAUGCCAGGACGUGGCGCAGGGGAGCGGUUAGCCGUAGACCCAGCCAAUUCCAAUAUCAUUUAUUUUGGGGCUCGAUCUGGAAACGGUCUUUGGAAGUCUACUGAUGGCGGCGUUACCUUUUCAAAGGUUACAUCAUUUACGGCGACGGGCACAUACGCGGCAGACCCGACUGAUCCCAACGGUUACAAUAACGACAAACAGGGCCUUAUGUGGGUAACUUUUGACUCAACAAGCAGCACCAGUGGAGGCGCGACUUCUCGCAUCUUUGUUGGCACAGCCGAUAAUAUCACUGCUUCGGUUUACGUGAGCACGAAUGCCGGUUCUACGUGGACAGCGGUUCCCGGACAGCCAGGAACAUAUUUUCCUCACAAAGCCAAGCUCCAGCCUACAGAAAAAGCUUUGUAUCUCACAUACUCUGAUGGCACAGGACCAUAUGAUGGCACGCUCGGGUCAGUAUGGAGGUACGACAUCACUGCUGGGACCUGGAAAUACAUUACCCCAGUUAGCGGAUCAGAUCUCUAUUUCGGUUUUGGUGGUCUCGGUGUCGAUAUUCAAAAGCCAGGGACUCUUGUUGUCGCUUCACUAAACUCCUGGUGGCCAGAUGCCCAAUUGUUCCGUUCCACAGACUCAGGAACGACAUGGAGUCCCAUUUGGCAGUGGGCUAGCUAUCCUUCAAUGACUUAUUAUUAUGGCAUCUCGACUCCAAAAGCCCCAUGGAUUAAGAAUGAUUUCAUUGAUGUAACUAGCGAAUCGCCAUCCGAUGGACUCAUCAAGCGCCUUGGUUGGAUGAUUGAGUCGCUUGAGAUUGACCCGACGGAUAGUAAUCACUGGCUCUAUGGCACCGGUAUGACCAUACUCGGCGGUCAUGAUUUGGUCAGUUGGGACACGAAACACAAUGUGACAAUCCAGUCGCUUGCAGAUGGCAUUGAAGAAUUUGCUAUCCAGGGUCUAGCGUCUGCACCUGGUGGCAGCGAGCUCUUGGUGGCACUUGGAGACGAGAAUGGUUACACAUUUACAAGUCCCAAUAGCCUUGGCACUUCGCCUCAAAACGUCUGGAAUACGCCAACAUGGGCGACGUCGACGAGCGUUGACUUUGCGGGCAACUCGGUCAAGAAUGUUGUCCGCGUUGGCAAUACUGCUGGCACGCAGCAAGUUGCAACUUCAUCGGAUGGCGGCGUGUCAUGGAGCAUUGACUAUGGUGCUGACACUUCUAUGAAUGGCGGCACUGUCGCUUAUUCUGCCAACGCGGAUACGAUUCUCUGGUCAACAGGCUCCUCUGGCGUGAAGCGCUCGCAGUACCAGGGCAGCUUUACUACCGUCUCCAGCUUGCCCGCUACUGCUGUCAUCGCCUCGGAUAAGAAGACCAACACUCUCUUUUAUGCCGGAUACUCAUCCACUUUCUAUGUUAGCAAAGAUACUGGUAGCACUUUUACAUCUGGGCCAAAGUUGGGCAGUGCCACUUCCAUUCGGGACAUUAUUGCUCACCCGACAACUGCGGGCACUGUAUAUGUCUCGACUGAUGUGGGCAUUUUCCAUUCGACUGACUCGGGCACGACCUUUACCCUCAUCUCUACGGCCUUAACAAACGUUUACCAGAUUGCCCUCGGCGUUGGUUCAGACUCAAACUGGAACUUAUACGCCCUCGGCACAGGAUCAGCUGGCGCCCGUCUUUAUGCGAGCGGAGAUAAUGGCGCAACCUGGACUGAUAUUCAAGGCAGUACUCAGGGUUUCGGUGCUAUCGACGGCGUCAAACUCGCUGGUAGCGCCAGCACAGCUGGACAAGUCUACGUAGGCACCAAUGGUCGAGGUGUCUUUUAUGCACAGGGAACGAUUAGCGGUGGUAACGGUGGAAGCUCCUCUUCAUCCAGCGCUUCGAGCAGGUCCAGCACCACCACCUCAAUCCAUACCACACUCUCCUCUUCAACCAUCUCAACUACUCGAACCUCUGUUGUGACUUCGACAACUCGCACUAGCUCGUCAGCCAGCCCUUCAGGCACAGGUCUUGCCCAGCACUACGCUCAGUGUGGAGGUACCGGCUGGACUGGCCCGACGCAGUGUGUUUCGCCAUGGACGUGUCAGAAGCAGAACGACUUUUAUUACCAAUGCGUUUAA